GUGAAGAGAUGAAUGAGUAACUUGGACCUGCUUUUCCUAGGCUUGUAUUUUUAUGCCAGCCACAAAUAGUGUGUAUAGGUCUAAAUCCAUUUAAAUGUAUGUUUUAAGGGAAGUGGGUUACAAAUGUUUCCUGAGAGAAACCUCAUUAAAAUGACUUGUAAGAUUUCUGGGAAGUAUUAUUUUGGGAAGGUGAAAUCACUUCAACUUUAGUCUCCACUGACCCUUAUGGAUAGCAUGAAGACACAGCUGACUAUCCAUAAACCCUUGGGGAGAAAUCCUGGGCGCGCUGAAUUCAGCAGCAAAAUUCCAUUUACUUAAAUGGGCCCAGGAUUUCACCUCUGGCAUUUAGAUAACGUUUCUUGUCUACUGUGUAGACGUAAAGUAUGAAGCCUCCUGCAAAUUAGGUAUGGUGUUUCUAUCCCUCUUUUACAUAUGGGGAAACAGAAUCAAAGAGUGGGUAAGUUGUUUGCCCAAGGCUACACUGAGAGUUGGUGGUAGAACUCAGGAGAUCCUGGUUCCCAAUUCUAUUUCCCAGUCAAAUAGACCAUACUGCCUUUUAAUACUGUAAACACAUUUUGUUAAACUGACAGCCUGGGUCCACAUUAUAAUUGAAGUAAGCCAUUCCAGUGCAUGAGGAAUCGUCCAACAAUUUUCUUGGAUAUGUGACAGCACUUGGCAACCUCUAUGACACAGGUGUACCCCAAUAGUGCAUGCACAGGUUUCUGUUGGUCCCACAGAGCAUGGUAGUCUAUCUUGCAGCUAAGAAUAGCCUUUUUAAUAUGCAUGUCCUCAGUACUCAAAGUAGUGCUGUCCUUGGGUGGAAACAAGGUUUAAUGGUUAGCCUUGCUGGGAGUUGGAGCACCUGGUUCUGUUCCUGAUUCAGUCACUGUCUUGCUGCCUGACCUUAGGCAAGCCACUUUUUCCUAUCUGUGCCUCAGUUUCCCCAUUUUUAAAAAUUGGGUAUAAUUAUAUGAAAGAGAAUUAUAUUUUAUUUAAUAAGAAAUGCUUUAUUUGCUCUCUACAUUGAGUGAUGUUAACAAUCAAAAGGAACAGCAAAGCUGCNAUCAAAGCUAGCUCUUCUUUCGGUGAGAAUUAAUGGACGUAACUUGGGUGUGUGUAAAAUAAAGGAAUUUUUAGAUCUCUUCAGUUGCAUGUUUAAAUCAUACCUGUCCCCUCUCUUUCCAGGAAUAUCUUCUAUAGGUCUGGCUGCUGCUUACUAUAGUGAAGACAGCUUGGGAUGGAAACUCUUCUAUAUAGCUGGGUGUCUCUUUGUGGCUGCACAGAAUCUGGAGGAGUGGGAGGAAGCUGUAUUUGACAAGGACAAGGGAAAAGUCUUCCUUAAAACAUUCAACCUUUACAAAAAAAUACUGACCCUCUCAAGAGCAGGCCAUGAACAAGUGGCUGCUUCGCUGAAUGAGAUUCGAGAUGUGAACGUGGAAGAGGAGAAAGUGCGUUACUUUGGGAAGGGUUACCUGGUAGUGCUACGAUUUGUCACUGGAUUUUCCCACCCUCUGACCCAGAGCGCAGUGAUGGGCUGUAGAAGUGACGUGGAAGCAGUUGCCAAGCUCAUUACCGGGUUUCUGGAACUGAACCAUCAAGAUCUGUCGCAGAGCAGUGAAACGGAUGCCAGUGAUGCAGAUGAACCCAAGGACGAGUAUUAACAGUGAUCAUGAAAUUAAAAAAGCUGAGCCCUCUGAAUGCUUGGAAGCUGUAUUGGCUGCAUUGCAUCUAAGAAGUCCCCUCAUGAUUUGGUGUCUUGGUGUCUUCCCUAUGUGUGGGAAUUCCUCUGCUGCGACAGCUGCAAAAGUCUGAGUUGGCGUGCCUGCUGAUGCCAAAUUGCUUUAAAUUCCUGCACCCCCAUAAACUGUUCAACUGGAAGCUUCAGUAUGGAUUUGUUCAUGUGUGGCUUGCGUAGAAUCCAAAGCAAAUACUAUUUUACUUUGCCUUCUAGUUUGUAGGUGUUGAUAAUGCUGGCUUUGGAACUUUGUCAGUGCCUCAUAAUUACCUAGGAAAAAUGAUGUACUAAUGAAUUGGUUUAAACUAGUUGAUUGCAUUCCACAAUUAUCAAGGUGAUAGUCGCACAUUUAAACUUCUGGUUGCUGUAAAUAUCCAUUGCAGGUACAGUGUAUCUGGACUUAGGAAGACUGAAUUAGUGACUUUAUAUUAUAAUAUCAGAUUCUGUUACUCUUUUUUUAAAGGAAAACUCCAAUGUGGUACAUAUAUUUAAUUCCUGUCAUUAAAUUCAAAGAGUUAAUCACUUAAAAAAAAUUGUUUUUAAGCAUCUUAAAAUAGUAAAUAAUCAAAGAUAGCCACUAUCUUGGUAGUUUUGAUGACGCCAAGUACAGUAGGACUGAAAAAGUUACUUACAAUUAGAAACCAAUAGAAAUAAAAAAAAGUUUGAAAGUGGUGGUCCAGAAUUUCAGAUAUAAAAUUAGUCCAUUUCAUGUGUGGCUUAAUGCCUCCUAGAUUAGCAAUAGAGGGGUGAUUCUUUUUAAAUAAAAUAUAAUAGCACUUGCCUUGCAAUAGCUUUGAAAUAUUUUAAUUUCCUGUGCUGCUGUUUUAGGGAUGGGAAUUGUCUUCUCCAAAUAAAACAGCAGUAGAUGUGGGAGCCUCGAGUCAGGCUGUUCUACAUAUUUAUUUAAAAAAAAAUCUGCUACUGCAGGGCAAGUCCACCAUGUGGUUUUAUUUUUUUCUUCUUCUUCUUCAAGUGCCAGCUGCUAAAAUGAAGCUUCAGCCUAGCACUAUCAGUGUUCCCUAUUUUAAAAGUCUUUGGCAUAUUAGAUCUUUGUAGCAUUGGAUACUCUGUUAAGAAAGACUGGACAGCUAGACAUGUCAGUGCUUUGUGACCAAACCUUACCCCAAAAUAUGUUGUGAUUGUUGUCCUCUUUUCUAAGAUCUGUUUCCCAUGUGGUUAAAAUAUAUAUUUUUAUACAUUG